AGCAUUAAGGACAGACAGACACAGAGGGGCAGAGAGGCUAUUCGCUUUUGACGACUCACAUUCACCAGUUAACAAAUUCAGUCAGUUCUAUUUUAAUGCCACAGCAGAAUGGUACAAAGCUCCUAGAAGAGAGCAUUUUCCUUUAAGUUUUUAUGCUUUGAAAUGUUUGAUUUAAUGUUAUUUUUAGUAAAAUUACAUACUUGUUUUUGUUUGUUUUAUAGAGACAGGGGAAUGAAACUGCUCUCCUGAGGAUCUUUCUUCUACGAAAGAGCAGGACUUGUCUGAUAGGACAGUGUUUGGAGCAGGAUUUGUCUGAGAGGACAGUAUCUAGAACAGGAUUUGUCUCAGAGGACAGUAAUCUAGAACAGGAUUUGUCUGAAAGGACAGUGUCUGGAGCAGGAUUUGUCUGAGAGGACAGUGUCUGGAGCAGGAUUUGUCUGAGAGGACAGUGUCUGGAGUAGGAUUUGUCUGAGAGGACAGUGUCUGGAGCAGGAUUUGUCUGAGAGGACCGUAUCUGGAGCAGGAUUUGUCUGAGAGGACCGUAUCUGGAGCAGGAUUUGUCUGAGAGGACCGUAUCUAACUGUUAUUCCUUAGUGUUUUAAGAAGCAGCAGGGUUUUAGUCAUGAAAGAUAUUGCUCUAUCGCUACUCAGUCGAGGCUGUGGUCAUGUUGUCCAGUCUCAUCUGGGUAGUCAAGAUGGACGCCUGGAAGUCUACUUCGAACCUAAGGACUACUAUCAUUGGAAGUCUCAGCCCCCCCUGCUCCGCUUAUCUAAGAGUGGCCGUCUGCUGGGCGGGGAGGAGCCAGCGCUCCCUAAAACCUACAGCACAAGACAGGGACCGCUCUUCUUAUACUACCAGGAAAUGGCCAUGACGUCAUCGUUUCUGUCAUCAUGCCCCUCAGUGUCAGAGGACAUCAGGAAGGGGCAGGCCUCCCAACAUUCCAGACAGGAAGUGGAGCUCCAGCUGAACACUCUGCGGGACCUGACGGGAGCCAUACUGGCUUAUGGGAAAAAGCAGCUUCGUGAGGAAGGAGAAGGCAAAGACACCAACCAGCCUGUCCUCCCCCUCCCCUCCAGUCAUGAGACCUACUAUCCUCCCAUCAAGCCCUCCUACUGCAGACACCACACCAAGGGUUGGACUCCCUUCAGGUCUACCUGGAACCCCCAGGCAGCUCCCACCCACCUGGAGCAGCUUACAGAUGAUCCAGAGCUGUGUAGGGGCCAUGUCAAGACCCCACGCCCCACUCCAGCUACAGGUGGCCUUUACCUCCCCAGGCCUGGCCAGGCAGUCUCCCACAAUCCCUACAGGCAACCUCAAGUUCCUUUACCACCUAUACCAGAGGUGAACUGCUACACAAGAGACAUAUCUAAUCCAGCAUCAGGUUUGGAGGAGCAGGAGGCUAGGCUACUGAGGGGAGUGAAGUUUCAGGUCAUGGUUGAGACACCCAGGGUUCAGAGGAGUCCCAUCCCAGAGACAGAGCCUCUUUGGCGGGUAGAGAGUACAAGACACCUCCCUGGAGAUCCACCUCACGGACAGGCUGCACAUCAGGAGGUUGGGAGGCCUGUGUUUACAUACACUGACGACAGUGUGAAAGACUGUGAGGAGGUUGGAGAAGAGAGACCCUGGCCUCUACAGGGAGGAGAGAGACCCUGGCCUCUACAGAGAGGAGAGAGACCCUGGCCUCUACAGGGAGGAGAGAGACCCUGCCCUCUACAGAGAGGAGAGAGACCCUGGCCUCUACAGGGAGGAGAGAGACCCUGCCCUCUGAAGACGGCCUCAGUAGAUUCCUCCUGGAGAAGCAGCCAGCUAUCACACGUCAACUACUAUGGUGGUUACCUGGGUGGGGCCCAGCAGGGACGGACACUGAAACAAGGCAGCACAGACACAAAAAAGGAAAACACAUACUCUGAGCCCAGCUUCUCCAGAUUGGACAACACAUCCUCGAACCCCAGCUUCUCCAGAUUGCAUCUCCCUCCCCUUUUUUCUGGCUCAGUGGUCAGUCUGGACCAGGACAGUAGUAAGAGGAAACCAAGGAGUCCAGGUGGGCUGGGGGGGAAGUUCCUGCCACUCAUACAUGAGGAGUAUGUCAGCUCUGAGGAUCCAGCCCAGACCCAGCCAGAGGCUGGAACCCAUCCAGAGAGGUUGACCCAGACCUAUCCUGUCCACACCAUCCUAGAGCCACAAGCCCAUCCAGAGAGGGCCCACCUGGAGAAGCCAGGGCCCAGGAGGCUGCUGCUGUCAGUGCUACUACCCCUUGGACAUACAGAAGAGGAGGGGGUGCAGGCUCCGUGUGCUGGUGUCCACUACAAGCCAUCAGAGGAGGAGAAAGGGGAGCCUCACUGUGGAGACACAGGACACAAAAUAGAGAGCACUAGAAGAGGGGAAGGAGAAGGACGAGGAGGAGGAGGAGGAAGGGGUCUCCCUGAGAAAGGCUCUAAGCAGACCUGGCCUGAGCAGAACGGUCGCUCUCUACUUCAGCCUGGGGAAGAGGCUGCUGUCCCCCUGGCUGGUCCCCUGGCUGGCCCCCUGGCUGGUCGGCUCAGAGGCCCAGGCAAACAGAGCUCCAUGGCCAUCUACAAAGACAGAUCUGAUGUCCAUGCCCCCUGGGACCCCUCCGAUCCUGGGAGGGCCAUGGUCAGAGGCAGCCUACCCCUGGAGCUCAGAGAGUGGCAGCAGCAGACAGGCAGAUCCCAGGGCACCUUGAUCUUGGGUCCUGAUGGUGAGGUUAUACAGAUGUCCCCGUGGGACCCUAAUAAUACGUCUGCCACUGAGGACCAGCCCGCCCUUACCUCUGCUCUGGACCAGGUCACACGAGACCAUGCUCUCCAGGUCCUAACCUCAGAGGGGGAGCUACCCUGGGUCCUACUGAUGCAAACACAGUCUAUAGCCACAGGGGAAGCCAGUAAUCCCGAAGGACCCCCAACCAACAUGGAACAAUGUGAAUUAUUCCAAACGGUAGGAUCUGAUGGACAAACUGUCCUGUCUGGUGGCCAGAGACACAGACAGGGACCUGAAUCUUCCAGGAACAGAACUACAGGGAAACAGCUGCACCCAGACACUCAGAGACCUGGAGGAAGCGAUAAAGACAUGGCUGCUGUCAGCUACAACCUCCGCAGCAGGACAGUGGAGAUACCAAGACAGGAGGAAGGGAAGGAGGUGAGGAGGGAGGAAGAUGAGGAGACGUCUACAACAAGGAAGAGGAGCCAGGAUCGGGUUCAGCCAGGUCCACAGAGGAGUGGGGUAUCCUCCUUACCUACCACAGAAGAAGAAGAGACCAAAAACAUCAACCCCCACAAACCUUCACAGCCCAUCCCCACAGGCCACUCUACAGAAUGGGCCUUCUCUCAGAACAGAAAUCCCAAACACUCAGAGGGACCCCUUACACCCAGUGGGAAAGGAGGCCAUUCUAAGAAAACAAACGUGACAGUAGAUGAGCAGAAUCCACAGCAGGCAGAGGGACAGACACAGGAAACAGGGGAACAUGCCAGCAGAGAGAAGCUGGAGGACACAUUGAAUAAAGAGGUGGGAUCCCAGGACUCUCCUACUGUACAGAAAAUGAAAAAGAGAAAAGUGAAUGAAGGGCAGGAGCAGAACAAGGAAGUCCUCUCCAAGGAGGCGGGGAAGGUCUUGAGGAAGAAGAAAAAGGACCGGGUCAAAGAUCAAGCUGAGUUUGUUGUCGGAAAACCUAAAGGCCACGUGGACGUGGAGAGGACGAAGAAGACCAAAGAGACUAAAGGCCACGUGGACGUGGAGAGGACGAAGAAGACCAAAGAGACUAAAGGCCACGUGGACGUGGAGAGGACGAAGAAGACCAAAGAGACUAAAGGCUCAUCUGAGACGUCUCCAUCUGCUCUGAGUCCUGAUGGAUAUGUGAAGGACACCGAAGACGAUAGUGCUGCACUAAACACACAUGAAGAGGAACAUAGUGACCUCCUCCAAUCCCCGAGAUCCCAUCACAGCUCUGUAAACAGGAGCUCCUCAUCCAAUGGGCAGUCAGGUCAGAGUUCACACAGAUCUUACUCCUGUGAGGACGAGGUUUUACCGUGCGGACAACGACGGUCCUCUCAUGACCAACUGUCAUCCUGCUCGGUUGUCAUGACAGCAGAAACACAACCGUUAAAUCUGGUCAUAUCUGACGCCAGCAUCAGUACUGACAAGAACAGAGGAGAGGCAGCAGCCCAUAUGGAGCAACAGAAGAAUGUGUUGGCUGAGAAGGCAGAGCGUCGCCGACUAGAGGUGGAGAGGAAGAGGAAGGAGAGAGAGGAGGAGAGGAGGAGGCAGCAGGAGCGGGAGGAAAGAGAGGAGUGCAUGAGGCUGGAGCUGGAAGAGGAGCAGAAUCAGAGAGCCGAGGAACUCAGGCUGAGGAGACUGGCUGAGGAGGAAGAGAGACAAAGGUUAGAGGAGAAGGAGACUGAGAGGAGAAGACGGGAGCAGGCGGAGAAAGAGAGGGAGUGGAGGAAGAAGGAGCAGAAGAGACGACAGUUGGAGAUGAUUCAGAAGAUCAGACGGGAGGAGGAGGAACGCAGGGCAGCUGAGUUGGAGCUGCAGCGACUAGAGGAGGCGAUGAGUAAGGAAGAGGAGAGGAGGAGGCUGGCAGCGAUGGAGGACCAUGAGAAGAGGGAGUACCUGCAGAAACAGAAGGAGGAGGAAGAGGAGAGGAAGAAGGCAGUGGAGGAGAGAAAAAGCAGAGAGGAGGAGGCAGCGCAGUGGGCAAAAGAAGAGGCACGACUACAAGCUGAACUGUUUGCCAGGCAGAGGGCUUUACUAGAGCAGCAGCUGCAGUUCAGACGAGGCCUGCUGACGGAGGCCGGGGCUCUGGGACAGACUCAGGACAUCUCUCGAGCCUGGGUCUACUCUUACUUCCAGCUCAUACAACUACUGGGGCUGGCUGAGGUCCCCACAGCACAGGAAGACUCACCCAAAGACAUGUCCUAGAAUGUAAGGGAAAACUAGGGGAUGUGGCUGACCAGCAAACCAGUGUUGAAUUUCCAAAUGGGUUAAAAUGAGGUUAUGUUUAAGGUAAGGGUACGAUUAGGUCGGGCUGUCAAUGGGAUGCUAGUCAGUCACGUCCUUUAGUCACGUCCCUUCAGUCACGUCCCUUCAGUCACGUCCCUUCAGUCCCUUUAGUCAGGUCCUUCAGUCACGUCCUUCCGUCACGUCCCUUCAGUCACGUCCCUUUAGUCACGUCCCUUCAGUCACGUCCCUUUAGUCACGUCCCUUCAGUCACAUCCCUUCAGUCCCUUUAGUCAGGUCCUUCAGUCACGUCCUUCCGUCACGUCCCUUCAGUCACGUCCCUUUAGUCACGUCCCUUUAGUCACGUCCCUUUAGUCACGUCCCUUCAGUCACGUCCCUUCAGUCACGUCCCUUCAGUCCCUUCAGUCACGUCCCUUCAGUCCCUUUAGUCACGUCCCUUCAGUCCCUUCAGUCACGUCCCUUCAGUCCCUUUAGUCACGUCCCUUCAGUCCCUUCAGUCACAUCCCUUCAGUCACGUCCCUUCAGUCACGUCCCUUCAGUCCCUUUAGUCACAUCCCUUCAGUCACGUCCCUUUAGUCACGUCCCUUCAGUCCCUUUAGUCACAUCCCUUCAGUCACGUCCCUUUAGUCACGUCCCUUCAGUCCCUUUAGUCACGUCCCUUCAGUCACGUGCCUUCAGUCCCUUCAUUCCCUUUAGUCACGUCCCUUCAGUCACAUCCCUUCAGUCCCUUUAGUCACGUCCCUUCAGUCACGUCCCUUCAGUCCCUUCAGUCACAUCCCUUCAGUCACGUCCCUUCAGUCACGUCCCUUCAGUCCCUUUAGUCACGUCCCUUCAGUCACGUCCUUUAGUCACGUCCCUUCAGUCCCUUCAGUCACGUCCUUUAGUCACGUCCCUUCAGUCCCUUUAGUCACAUCCCUUCAGUCACGUCCCUUCAGUCCCUUUAGUCACGUCCCUUCAGUCCCUUUAGUCACGUCCCUUCAGUCACGUCCCUUCAGUCCCUUCAGUCCCUUCAGUCACAUCCCUUCAGUCCCUUCAGUCACGUCCUUCAGUCACGUCCCUUCAGUCACGUCCUUCAGUCACGUCCCUUCAGUCCCUUUAGCCACGUCCCUUCAGUCACGUCCCUUCAGUCAUGUCCCUUCAGUCACGUCCCUUCAGUCACGUCCCUUCAGUCACGUCCCUUCAGUCACGUUCUUCAGUCACGUCCCUUCAGUCCCUUCAGUCACGUCCCUUUAGUCACGUCCCUUCAGUCAUGUCCCUUCAGUCACAUCCCUUCAGUCACAUCCCUUCAGUCACGUCCCUUCAGUCACGUCCCUUCAGUCACGUCCCUUCAGUCACGUCCCUUCAGUCACGUCCCUUCAGUCACGUCCCUUCAGUCCCUUUAGUCACGUCCCUUCAGUCACGUCCUUCAGUCACGUCCCUUCAGUCACGUCCUUUAGUCACGUCCCUUCAGUCACGUCCUUCAGUCACGUCCCUUCAGUCCCUUUAGUCACGUCCCUUCAGUCCCUUCAGUCACGUCCCUUCAGUCACGUUCCUUCAGUCACGUCCCUUCAGUCCCUUCAGUCCCUUUAGUCACGUCCCUUCAGUCCCUUUAGUCACGUCCCUUCAGUCCCUUUAGUCACGUUCCUUCAGUCACGUCCCUUCAGUCACGUCCCUUCAGUCACGUCCCUUCAGUCACGUCCUUCAGUCCCUUUAGUCACGUCCCUUCAGUCCCUUUAGUCACGUCGCUUCAGUCACGUCCCUUCAGUCACAACCUUCAGUCACGUCCCUUCAGUCACGUCCUUUCAGUCACGUCCUUCAGUCCCUUCAGUCACGUCCCUUCAGUCACGUCUCUUCAGUCACGUCCCUUCAGUCACGUCCCUUCAGUCACAUCCUUUAGUCACAUCCCUUCAGUCACGGCACUUCAGUCACGUCCCUUCAGUCACAUUCUUCAGUCACGUCCCUGCAGUCACGUCCCUUCAGUCACGUCCCUUCAGUCACGUCGCUUCAGUCACGUCGCUUCAGUCACGUCCCUUCAGUCACGACCUUCAGUCACGUCCAUUCAGUCACGUCCUUUCAGUCCCUUCAGUCACGUCCCUUCGGUCACGUCCCUUCAGUCACGUCCCUUCAGUCACGUCCUUUAGUCACAUCCCUUCAGUCACGGCACUUCAGUCACGUCCCUUCAGUCACAUUCUUCAGUCACGUCCCUUCAGUCAUGUCCCUUCAGUCACGACUCUUCAGUCACGUCCCUUCAGUCACGUCCCUUCAGUCACGUCCCUUCAGUCACGUCCCUUCAGUCACGGCACUUGCAGGAUUGCAGAAUUUUUACAACUGCAAAGCUUUUGGCACAGGUUAGUCACUUAAUUAAAGCCAAAACUCUGAGCGCACAGAUUCGAUGUGCAAAUGUAGCUUUGAUUCACAGAAGAUUCACCAGUCGCAAGUUCAGUAAAUUAGUUGCAGUCGCAAGUUUAGUAAAUGAGUUGCAGUCGCAAGUUCAGUAAAUGAGUUGCAGUCGCAAGUUUAGUAAAUGAGUUGCAGUCGCAAGUUCAGUAAAUGAGUUGCAGUCGCAAGUUUAGUAAAUGAGUUGCAGUCGCAAGUUUAGUAAAUGAGUUGCAGUCGCAAGUUUAGUAAAUGAGUUGCAGUCGCAAGUUUAGUAAAUGAGUUGCAGUCGCAAGUUUAGUAAAUGAGUUGCAGUCGCAAGUUCAGUAAAUGAGUUGCAGUCGCAAGUUUAGUAAAUGAGUUGCAGUCGCAAAUUUAGUAAAUGAGUUUGCAGUCGCAAGUUUAGUAAAUGAGUUGCAGUCGCAAGUUUAGUAAAUGAGUUGCAGUCGCAAGUUCAGUAAAUGAGUUGCAGUCGCAAGUUUAGUAAAUUAGUUGCAGUCGCAAGUUCAGUAAAUGAGUUGCAGUCGCAAGUUCAGUAAAUGAGUUGCAGUCGCAAGUUUAGUAAAUUAGUUGCAGUCGCAAGUUAAAUGAGUUCCCGUCGCAAGUUAAAUGAGUAGCAGUCGCAAGUUAAAUGAGUUGCAGUCGCAAAUUUAGUAAAUUAGUUGCAGUCACAAGUUAAAUGAGUUGCAGUCGCAAGUUCAGUAAAUGAGUUGCAGUCACAAGUCAAAUUAGUUGCAGUCGCAAGUUUAGUAAAUGAGUUGCAGUCGCCAGUUAAAUGAGUUCCCGUCGCAAGUUAAAUGAGUAGCAGUCGCAAGUUAAAUGAGUUGCAGUCGCAAAUUUAGUAAAUUAGUUGCAGUCACAAGUUAAAUGAGUUGCAGUCGCAAGUUCAGUAAAUGAGUUGCAGUCACAAGUCAAAUUAGUUGCAGUCGCAAGUUUAGUAAAUGAGUUGCAGUCGCAAGUUAAAUGAGUUGCAGUCGCAAGUUAAAUGAGUAGCAGUCGCAAAUUUAGUAAAUUAGUUGCAGUCACAAGUUAAAUGAGUUGCAGUCGCAAGUUCAGUAAAUGAGUUGCAGUCGCAAGUCAAAUUAGUUGCAGUCGCAAGUUUAGUAAAUGAGUUGCAGUCGCAAGUCAAAUUAGUUGCAGUCGCAAGUUCAGUAAAUUAGUUGCAGUCACAAGUCAAAUUAGUUGCAGUCGCCAGUUUAGUAAAUUAGUUGCAGUCGCAAGUUAAAUGAUUUGCAGUCGCAAGUUUAGUAAAUUAUUUGUAUUCAUCUUAUUGAAUUUAUUCACUUUAACUGUUAAUGUAAUGAUAUUAGAAAUCAAUCACCAACCUACUUCAGGAUUAGCCCCUUUUUUCAAUUUUCGCCUAAAAUGACAUAACCAAAUCUAACUGCCUGUAGCUCAGGCCCUGAAACAAGGACAUGCAUAUUCUUGGUACCAUUUGAAAGGAAACACUAAAGUUUAUGGAAAUGUAAAAGGAAUGUAGGAGAAUAUAACACCAGAUCUGGAAAAAGAUAAUACAAAGACAAAACCAACUGUUCUUUUGGAUUUAUUUUGCACCAUCAUCUUUGAAAUGCAAGAGAAAGGCCAUAAUGUAUUAUUCCAGCCCAGGUGCAAUUUAGAUUUUGGCCACUAGAUGGCAUCAGUGUAUGUGCACAUUUUUAGACUGAUCUAAUGAA